UUAGAAUUAACCUACAAUUUUGCAAGCUGCAAAAACAAAACUCUUGUUCGUUGGCGGUUUCUCCAACAAACUCAUAAAUUUAAUCAUUCAAAACGCAGAAACAUAAAUCAAGUUUUUACUAACCAAUUUUACUUGAUUAUUUUUAACCUAUUUCAUGUCCUGGCAUAGCUUUUUUGCGUACUCUUUAAACUUGUUCAAAAAUUCUCACAGUCAAAACGCAUCAAAAACACUGUGAAAAAUACACUGAGUUUUUCAUAAGUUUUGCUCUGAUAAAACCAUUAGAUCAAUUCAUUUUUAGAAGAGCCCAUUUCUAAACCAAAUUGGUCGAAUGAUCUUUCAAACAAUUAUGUCUGCCUGAUCCGAAGAAACAUUUUUUUAGUUAUCCGUUCAAUUUUUCAUAUUUGCUACGAGCCUUUGCUCACACACGCACAAAUUAUCUAUCUUCUCUUCUGUUUUGUCAGUUUAGUAAUCAUGGUUACUUACAAAGUGACAGUUAUUGGGGCUGGGAGAGCCGGAAACAUCCACCUGCAGAGUCUGUUGCAAUUAAGUAGCAUGUUCGAAGUCGUCAACGUGGUAGAUGACAACCCUUCACAAGCUAUUCAGCUCCUCCUUUCAUCACUAAAGGGCAUCCGGCUCCGACCAGUGAAGGAGACUGAUGCUGCGAUUGAUGAGGCGGAUGUGGUGUGUAUCUGUGUUCCCACUCCCCUGCAUGAACAAGUCAUCCUCCGGGCACUGAAAAGAGACAAGCACGUGUUCUGUGAAAAGCCCUUAGUUCACACUUUAGAGGCUGUGGCAACUGUCUACGACACAGCCGAGCAACGUGGCUUAAAUUUAUUGUGCGCUAUGCUUCGUCGAUUCGAUACUCCUGCCGCAAAAGUCAAGCAGCAAAUAGAAGCGGGAGAACUGGGUACUCUGUUGAAUAUAAAUCAGGUGAACCGAGACUGCCCCUAUCCCCCUAUGAGUUUCCUGCAGCGCUCUCCCAACAUCUACUACGACUGCGGCACUCAUGACGUCGACCUGGCUUUGUGGCUUAUGGGCGAAAAACCACACACUGUGUUCUGUAUGGGUCAUGCAUUCGACCCCAGCCUAAAAGGGCUAGAUGACCAUGACAAUGGAACUGUGGUCAUGCAAUUCCCUUCCGGGGCUGUGUCCUGUAUAGAACUGUCCCGCUUCUCCAACUGUGGUUUCGACCAGAGAUUCAUGGUACACGGGGACAAGAAAUCCGCUGGAAGUAUAUCGCAGCCUGUGGAUGUUUACGUAGAGAUGAGUCAUUCAGGGGGGUUGAGAGGCAGUGUUUUGAGGUUCGAUUUCGCGGAAAGAUUCAAGGAAGCAUUUUUGGAGGAGUGGCGACACAUGUAUAGAUGUCUAUCAGGCGAUGAGUCAGUGUUGGUAACGAAAGAAGAGGUGAUUAGUGUGACUCUUACUGUAGAUGCCAUCAAUCUCUCCAUGCACACUGCAAGUCCAGUUUCCAUUGAUCAUGCCACUCAAACAUUUUGCAAGAAGACUUAGCUCAUCAUUUACUUUUUACU